AUGAUGCAGUGGACAUCACUUGUCCAGAAAGCGCAGUCCUUCAUCGACCCGGCCAAUUUCAAUAUCUCGAACCUCACCUCGUCCUCCGACCGAAACCCGUCAAAAGCAUCCCUAUUCCGCCAGCAAUUCCGCCUUCCCGACUCCCAGAACCCUCUACAAGAAAUCACAGCAGAACUUAUACUCCCCGUAUCGUCUUCAGCGCCGGCCACCCAAUCCCGGAAUGUUGACCGUGGCGGAAACAGAUAUGCCGGUAGGCUGCAUUUGAGUGAGCGGUUCAUCUGCUUCUCGACCCAACCUACUAGCUUUGUCCCAUCGUCAAGUCUCAGCGCCUCGACCCAUUGGGCCGGCCAGACCAAUGGCACUGGACCAUCGGGCAAUGGGUUCACAAUCCCUCUGUGUUCUAUCCGCCGGGUGGAACGAUUGAAUAGUCUUAGCCAUAUCUUCUCUCUCGCAUUAACGACCUGGAACGGAGCACUGAGCAAACAGCAGGCACCCGGGUUUGCUCCGCAGAGAUUCACCAUCGAACUGGUCGGAAGCAGGCAGGCCUGCGAGCGGUUUUGCGAUAGCUUGAAGAAGAAUCUCCGCGACUCCAUGAAAGAGAUUGAGAAUCUGCGGUCGGUGGUGAAUGGUUGCUAUUCAGAAUAUUUGCUCUCCGGCGCCAAAGCGAAGAGUCAGACAGCCGAUGGCGUUGAAACAAGACCGCCUCCCGACGCUGGGUUAGGAAUGCUCUUCCGCUACCCGGGAGACGCCCGUAAACUCAGGGAUCGGAGUAAGAUGAGACUUUGGGGAGAGUAUUUUAGAGAAAACGGACGGAAUGCUAUGUUGAUACGGCAGCCCACCUUCCACAAACUCAUUCGUGUUGGUCUUCCCAACCGGCUUCGUGGUGAGAUAUGGGAGGUGGCGUCUGGCUCCCUAAACCUGCGCCUGAGGUCGCCCAAGCUAUACGAGCAGACCCUCGCCAAGUUCGAAGGUCAAGAUUCCUUGGCGAUUGAUGAGAUUGAGAAGGACUUGAAUCGCAGUUUACCUGAGUAUGCCGGCUUCCAGAGCGAAGAGGGCAUAGGUCGCCUUCGGAGAGUCCUUACUGCGUACAGUUGGACGAAUGCUGAAAUCGGCUACUGCCAAGCGAUGAACAUUGUUGUUGCAGCUCUAUUGAUAUAUAUGUCGGAGGCACAAGCCUUUUUCCUGCUAUCUGUUCUAUGUGACCGCCUAGUUCCAGGAUAUUAUUCGACCACUAUGUACGGGACGUUACUUGACCAGAAGGUGUUUGAGUCUCUUGUAGAGAAGACCAUGCCGAUUCUCUGGGAGCAUCUCGGCAAAUCUGAUGUUCAGCUGUCUGUUGUUUCCCUUCCCUGGUUCCUUUCUCUAUACAUCAACUCCAUGCCUCUGGUCUUUGCCUUUCGAGUGCUCGAUGUGUUCUUCUUAGAGGGACCAAAGGUUCUCUUCCAGGUUGGGUUAGCUAUCCUUCGAAUUAACGGAGAGGAGCUUCUGGAUGUCCAGGAUGACGGCUCCUUUAUUUCCGUUCUCAAGUCGUACUUCUCUCGUCUCGAUGAGUCGGCCCAUCCGCGAUCGGAGAAUCCCAAGCUUCGGGCUAUCACUCGAUUUCAAGAGUUGAUGGUAGUGGCUUUCAAAGAAUUCGCCCAGAUUACCCAUCAAGAAGUUACCGAGCAGCGCGAGAAGCACAAAGACGCCGUUUUGGACAAUAUCGAAAACUUCGCCAAGCGCACAUCUAUCCGUAACCUUGGCCCCGAUAGCAAGAAGUUGAACCUAGACGACCUAGGUGCGAUUUAUGACCGCUAUUAUGAGGUCUUAUACGACUACCAGCAGAGGCAAAAGAUGAUUGAAGAGGAGCAGAAGCGACAGGAGAGAAAGAAAUCCGAACGCGUCUCCGUAAUCGGUCCCUCGCUGGACCGUGAGGUUGGCCGUGUCGGCCUUGGCCCUAGCCCAACUCACAUGGACUACGAUGCAUUCCGAGAAUUCCUUGCUGCUACCGCUAAGUGGGCUAUAGCUGAUUCCCCCGGACCCUCUCGGAAAGAGUCGAACGCAGAUUCAUACACGGGCAGCUUCAGAGGAUUUGGGCGAUCACCAGCCGGGAACAGCAGGCCAGCGCCGGCAGAUCAUGAGUUCAUCCAACGCCUCUUCCGGAAAUGGGCGUCUGAUCCAGCCGAUGGGUUGAGCUUGCAGGAUGUUGUCAACGGCAUUGCACGCCUCAAAGGGCCACGCGACAUUAUGAACAACAUCAGUUACUUUUUUGACCUGUAUGACGAUAGCGGCGAUGGCAAGGUUGAUAGAGAGGGUAUUCUUCGCAUGUCGGAAGCAUUACUCUUCCUCUCCCGUCGGGGAUUUGACGGGGCUAUUACUCCGAGCCAGAGUGUGGAAGAAUUAGUCCCUGGCAGAGACGGCGUGGAACAAGAGAAGCUCAGCACCGGUGAACGGUUCUUGGGCAGCGUCAGCUCUUUCAUACGCCGCUGUUUUGAAUAUGCCGAUCCUACCAAGACUGGCGCGGAGGACAAGAAGACAGCAGAGGCCACCGAGAAACUUGACUCCUUUAGUAUUGGGGAUGAUGAUGAUGAUGACGAAGAUCUGAUUGAUGUUGGUGAAGACGUGAAAUCCAAGUCGUCUACCCCAACUCCAGAGACCAAAUCGCCGGAGACAAGCAGUGACCAACCGGCGGACAAUACGAAGCAUACCCGAAGUGCGUCCGAGUCUGCCAACCCUGCCCUAGACCCGAACAACCCGCUGCACAUUACGCUUCCUACGUUCCGAAUGGUUGUUUUAGCCGACGAGCUACUGGAGCAGUUCUUCGACUCCUACUUCCCCCAGUCGUUCCGUCUUUCCCAGCAAGCAACAACGGCCGCGCAACUCCCAUCGCUUUCCUCCAACCUUACAACCUUCUCUAACCUUGGUGCUGCUAAGCCCCAGCUUGCCGCUUCAGGUGCUACAGUCGCCGGGGCCUCGGGCGGUAUCGUGCCACCUAAUAGAGGUCUGCGCGGAGUCCUCGAUAACAUCGUGACGGAUGGCAUCCGCAUGGCGGCCGAGGUGAAGAAGCGAAUGGACGAAGCUCAGCGCGACCUAGAACGCAACGCGCUUAACCGAGAUGAGGAGGACGAGGAAGACGACGAUGACGAUGUCAUGCCGCCCGGCGCGACCGCCCCGCCGAUGGUUGGCGGUAUCUCCUCCUGGGGCGCAGGGGCAUAUGGAGCCGAUCCGGAGCGCCGUAGCGUGCGGGAAGCGGAUCGUGAUCUCUUGGAGGGUGCGGAGGUGGUCAACAUCCGCGGCCGUGAAGACGCAUCUUCGUCGCUGCUGGACGAUAAAGAACCGCACCACGAGAGCGCUCAGCGUGCCGACUCGGGGCGAGAUGAUAAAGUUGUCAGCAAGGUUGUCGAGUUUGAGUCAUGA